AUGAAUCUUCGCCAACAAAUCACCCAAUUCCUAUCCCUUGCAUAUGUCUUUUCAUCUGCAUUUAUGCUAUGGAAGACAUUGUCGGUAGUGGCGAAUCUGCAUUCGCCAAUUGUUGUCGUGUUAUCAGGUUCUAUGGAACCAGCUUUCCAAAGAGGUGAUAUACUAUUCUUAUGGAACAGAGACCAAAGACAGAAGGUUGGUGAUAUUGUUGUUUACGAAAUUGAAGGAAAAAGUAUCCCAAUCGUCCAUCGUGUAUUGAGGGAACAUCAUAACCUGGAGAAGCAAUUGUUGUUGACCAAAGGUGACAACAACGCUGUGGACGAUUUGUCACUAUAUGCCAAAAAGCAAAGCUAUCUCAAUCAAAAGACUGACUUGGUUGGAACAGUGAAGGCUUACUUGCCAUUUAUUGGAUAUAUUACUAUUCUAAUCAGUGAGAAUAUGUAUUUCAAGUUUGGUUUGCUAGGUUUCUUGGGUCUUACUUCGUUAAUUAGUGGAGAGUAG